AUGGAAAUAGAGAGCGCUAACUGUAAACAUCGUGUGUCAGAGUGCACGGAUUUUAACCAACUUAAUAUAGAAAGACCAUUAAAAAUAGUACAGGAUAUAGAUGGCUUGGAGACUCUCGUGUCUGAACUUCACAAAGUAUUUUCAAAGAGUUACGUCAAUAUACAGGAGGUCCAGAAGCUGAUGUCGUCUUACAAAUCAGAUCCAAAACACUGGAAGAAGUAUGCAAAAUUUGAUCGAUUCCGGUAUACGAGAAAUUUGGUUGACGCUGGCAAUGGAGCCUUCAAUAUAAUGAUUCUCUGCUGGGGUCCAGGUCAUGCCUCUGCUAUACAUGAUCACGCUGAUUCUCAUUGCUUUAUGAAGCUCCUCAGUGGAAGCCUGGAAGAAGUUAGAUACGACUGGCCGAACACCGUUGAACCGGAGGUAUUAAAGAAAUUAAAGAAACCAACAAGGAGAUGCUGUUCCGAGAGCGAAGAUAAUGUUGUAAAUAAAAUGACAAACUUAGAUAUAACCAGUGAUUGUGAUAAUUGCGGCCAAAAAGGGAAAAUUGAGAAUGAGAAGUGUACAGACUAUGAAGAAACGGGAUAUAACGCUCAGGAGAUGGAAGAGAUUGGACGAACACGUCUGGAUGUAGAUGACGUUUGUUAUAUUAAUGAUGCCCUUGGUCUCCACCGAAUGGAAAAUCCAUCUCAUGUAGAUGGGGCGGUAUCACUGCAUCUCUACUGCCCACCAUUCGAUAGUUGUAGGGUAUUCGAUUCCCGGACAGGCAAACCUACAGAGGUCAAAGUCACCUUUUGGUCCAUGUAUGGGAAAAAAAUGAAAAGGGUAAUCGAGUCAGAUCCGGCAGAUCAAGAAUAA